AUGGUGUUGUCUUCCAGCAUCCAGUCCAAGCCGGUUGAGUUUGUCCAGUGGGUCAGCCAACUACCUCGCCCUCUUGGAGCCGUCGGAAAGUCACAAGGACAUGGAGAGAAGCCCCACAAGGUGAUCAAGCUGGCAGACAUCGAUGACGCUCUCUUAGAGCAGCUCACACAGUCCUACGUCAACUUCUGCUUUGCCUCGCACUUCCUGGCACGUCCUCACGCCUAUGAAGGCGCAAGUCUCGUGACCAUGUUGGAAGGCGAUCGCCGUCGUGACAAGCACACCGAAGAGCUCUCAGCUCUGGCAGCCUUGAUGGCUUCCGAAUCACGAGCUGGCAGGUUCACUUGCUUGAGCACCCCGCCAGAAAAGAAGUUGGCCCAAUUCUCUACGACCUCCCCAUCUUUGCCCCAAAGUGUUGUCAGGCCCCCACCUGGACUCGAGAGGCCAGUGUCGCCCCACGUCGCCGGAGACCCCCAAGCUUGCCUCGAGCUCAGAGGGCAAGCGGGAAAAUCCGCGCGAAAGGCUGGAAGGCGAUUCAUGUGCCGCUUCGUCUUCCAUGGAUUUGAUGCCGCCAGGCAUGCUGACUUCGAUCUUGUUCCUCGUAUCAUCGGACGCAGAUGUGCCAACCUUCGUCCGAUCCGGAAGGCAUGCAACGGCUACAUCCGAGUCAACGAGAUGAACAACCCGGUGGAAGUGGUGCUACGAUGUGAAACCCAGCAGGACUUGGACGAAGGGAUCAAGCAGCUGACAACCUUGCUGGACGAUCUCUGCAAGCACUUCUCUCGCUACUGCCGCAAGCAAGGUAUCAACCCAGUCCCUGAGUUGUACCAUCUGCUCCCCUGA